AUGCUGCAGUACACGGCGUGUACGGACGAAGAUCUGCCAGAUGAGUACAUGGUUAACCCGGACGAUUGGACGUGCUCGUGCGCUUUUAGCGUUACUCGAUUACUACCGUGCCGCCAUAUCAUCUACUACCGCAAAGCGACUGGCUGUAAGGACUUAGUUCCUGAAAGUAUUCUGCACCCGCGUUGGUUGAUCAAGAAUUACCGCAAAUUAAAGCAACCAUCCGUUGAUUGCGACGUUGCUGAGCCGUACGAGGAACGCAAGGUCCCGGCAGUGUCUAGUACCCGUGCGAAAACUCAAAAUGAAAAAUUCAAGGAGCUACUAGCUGUGGGGAAACAAAUAGCUGAAGUCGGCUGUGACUGGGGGACCAAAGCGCACGCUGACCUGAUGAAAUCGAAUAGCUGA